GUGUAAUGGCGGACAGCGUAAAGUUUUAAAACUGAAAACUUGCAACCAACGAGUGAAAAAGAAAAACAGCUAAAAUGAGAGCAGCGUUUUCUCCGCCCUGUCUUUCCUCCUCGUGUCAGGUGUUCAGAGUCCAGACAGGUGACCCUCAUGUCGCCCAACUGAAAGUGAAACUAAAAGCGAAACAGCUAACGUUAGCUAACGUCAGCUAGCCGCGGGCUGUGACGGGAAACACACGGAUCAGAUUCAGCCUCCUGCAGUCUCACCCUGCACCAAAGGAAAAUGAGGGAAGUGACAGUGUGUGCAUUAUUCAUCCUUCUCUUCGAUGCCGUGCUGUGUGUGGCGCUGUGGGCCGGACUGGUGCUGCUCAAGUGCUCCAGUUAUGGUGGGCUGGAAGGUGUGUGGGCCUUUGGGGCAGUACGUUGGGCCAGUCUCCACGUUUUCACCUCCGUACUGACUGAUGGAAAGCCCCAGGCCGUGCUCCGCAGGUGGGUGGCACUCCUCUGCCUCCUGUCUCCUGUGUUUGAGACUGGACGGGUCUUCAUGGCACCUCCCUCAGAGCCUUACACGGGACCUUCGCCUGACCCCAGCAUGCUGCUCCUGGGCCCCAUGUCGUCGUCACUGGCCUGUGUGAUUUGGGAGAAGGGCCUCUGCGGUGAUUCAAAGCCGAGGAAAGACGACAUUAAACUGAACGCCAGGCGGCUGCUGGUGAGGCUGCUGAAAUACUUCAAACCAGACACCUUUUACCUGAUCGCAGCUUUCACUUUCCUCAUCUUGGGUGUCAUCUGUGAUACAUACAUCCCUCUGUAUCAGGGGAGGGUUAUUGAUAUGCUGAGAGGUGGAGCACAUGAAACCAGCUUCUGUUCUGCAGUGGGACAGCUGGCUCUUAUCUCUCUGGGAAGCGCUCUGUUCUCUGGCUUAAGAGGAGGCAUAUUUAUGUGCACUCUGGCCAGACUGAACAAGAGACUGAAGCACCUGCUGUUUCACACCCUCCUGCAGCAGGAAGUGUACUUCUUCGACGAGAACAACCCCGGCCGUCUUUCCUCCCGCCUGCACUCUGAUGUGGACAGGAUGGGCCGCACGGUCGCGCUGAACGCCAACGCGCUGGUUCGCAGCACAGUCAAAACCUGCCUCAUGCUCAGAGUGAUGUUAGGUCUGUCCUGGGAGCUCACUGUGCUCACCUGCAUCGAGAUGCCGCUGCUGGCCGUCAUUCAGAACAAAUACAUCACCUUGUCCCAGGACCUGAAAGAUCAGAUCCAGGACUGCCAAGCUCAGAACAAAGACCUGGCUUUCCAGACGAUCAGCAAGAUUCAAACGGUCCGAAGCUUCAACGCAGAGAAAGAUGAACUGAGGAGGUAUAACGAGGCUCUGGACCAAAUGUCCGCUGUGAAGACACGUUCAGGAAUCUACAGUGUCGUCUUCGGCUUUAUACGAAGGCUGGUGAGUCUGGGGAUAAAGAUAUUCAUGCUGGUGCAGGCCCGCAGUCUCAUUUCAUCGGGUCACCUCAGUAUCGGUAGUCUCGUUUCCUUCUUCUUGUACCAGAAGCCCAUGUCAAACAACCUAAGGGAGAUUAUGUAUUGCUACGGAGAUACUUGGUCCACAGUCGGCGUCAUUUCCAAAGUGUUCAGUUACCUUGACAGAACACCAAAGUGUAAGGCGCCGGGACAGUUGGCUCCUGAGAAACUGAAGGGAAGCAUUGUUUUCCAAAAUGUCACCUUCACGUAUCCCUCAGCGUCUGAGGAUAAACCAGCUCAGCCGGCUCUAAAGUCCGUCUCUCUGGAACUUCAGCCGGGGAAGAUGACGGCCCUGGUGGGUCCCUCCGGCAGUGGGAAGACUUCCUGUGUCAGCCUGCUGAAGAGGCUGUAUGAACCUCAGGACGGAGAGAUCCUGCUGGAUGGAGAACCGCUGCACCAUUACAAACACAAAUACCUCCAUCAGAAGAUGGCCCUGGUAUCCCAGAAUCCUGUGCUGUUUUCUGGAUCACUGAGAUACAACAUUGAGUACGGCCUGAAGGACUGCACCAUGGAGAAGGUGAAGGAAGCUGCGAAGAGGGCCAAGGCAGACGACUUCAUCUCUGAGCUGAAGGACGAAUAUGACACAGACAUCGGGGAAUGUGGUGGCAGACUCUCUGAUGGGCAGAGGCAGUGCAUCGCCAUCAUCAGAGCUCUGGUUCGAGAGCCGCAGGUCAUCAUACUGGAUGAGGCCACCAGCAAACUGGAUGUUGAAGUGCAGCAUACUGUGCUGCAGGAGGUUCUGGCGUGCGGUCGGACCGUCCUGGUGGUGGCUCAUCAGCUGAAGACUGUGGAGAAAGCAGAUCACAUCAUCUUCAUGGAGAAGGGGGAAGUUGUGGAGGAGGGGACGCACCAAGAGCUCAUGGCCAAGAGAGGACGCUACCAUCGUUUGAAAGAGGAACUGUUCCUUUAACUCCGCUGAGAAAAGCUUUCUGCGGCGAUUUUAGGUGCCAUAAGUGAUUGGAAUGCUAAGAAAAAAAGUCGUCCUGACCUGGUGACCCUCCUGUUUUUCAUCUAAUAAGAAUCUGUUGAUACAAAAAGGAUCUAGUUCAUGAAGGGGUUUCAUCUGUCUGUUUCAUAGGUGCAACAUGUGUGUGUAAAUGAUGUUUAUGUCUUAGAAGGCUCAACAGUUUGAUGUCAUCACACAGACAAAGGUGACAUUAGAAAUAACUGACACUUUAAUGCUCCUCAAAGUGCAGCUCACAGGUCAGUGGUGGCCCUCAGAAACAUUUUGUGCAGCUCGCGAUCAUGACAUGAAAUGCAUGCAUUAUAUUUUAAUCAACCACAGUCCAUUUCAGUUCUGACAUUUAAUACACUCCUAAACUGCCCCCCUCACAGGCGUCUGUCAGGUUAUACCGGCCCCACACACAACAACUUCUCACAAACUUCCAGUGAUGGAGUGAAUUCAUGAGUUUGUCUCACAGCUGUCUGACAUUAUUCUACGUUUUUAGUCUUGGCCUCGUGCAAAUACUGAAGUUCAAUGACGUGAACAUUGUCUGGAACCAACAGCUGCUCUCUCCAGCACCAAACAGGAAGCAGUAAACCAGGUAGACAGUAAACAUGGAGGGACUCUAGGGAGACGCAAGAAUGUGACCAAGUCUCAGUUUCUUGUUUUGAGGAAAAGAAGGAGAACCUGGUGGAGUUGUGAGUGAGCAGGAGUCUGUGUUUAAUGUGGCGUAUUUCUGAUCCACCAACCAGCACUUAUUGUAGUGAGAAAUAUUAACAGUUGGCCUCUCAGUCCCCCAGUCUCCUCCCACUGACAUAGCAAAGCUAACCAACGGAGGCUGGCAGUGAGCUGAGGCAACAACAUCCAAAAUGUAAGGUUUGUACACAAAUACAGUUUGUCUGCAUGGAGUGUGUUGAUGCAGAGUUUACAAGAAUACUGUCCACACGUGGAGACUUUUAUCUUUUAUCUUAUUUUACUAGAGUUAUGUGUUUUUGGAGACACAUAAGGAAUUCCUAAUGUUAUGUUUUAUCAAAGGGAGUUUUUAAAGUCUCCCAGUGUGUGGUAAGCAUCAAGGAUGACAACUUGUAGUGGCUCCUACCGUUGCAGGAGUUAGGGUUAGGGUUAACUGUAGUUAACUACAGUUAGCUGCAGUUAGCUACAGUUAGCUGCAGUUAGCUACUGCUCACACUGUAGUCAGACUGUAGUCAGACUGUAGCAGCAGAAGCACUUAACGUAUUAACAUGCUGUUUCUUUGCCUUGUUGUUUGUGACGUCAAGUUUCAGUGAGACGAAGUUAUGCAGUAAUUUACACUGUGGGAGAAAAAUGAUCUUUGCUACGACAGGUAACCACGCACCACCAAGUGAAAUGAUCACUAGCAACUGUUUUCAUGAUACACGCCAGUUCUGCUGAAACAUGGUGUGCUGCAGUUUUGUGUGUGGUUUGUCAUGUUGUUCUCCUGCUGUGGGUACAAUCGAAGCCAAACACUGUCCUGUCCAUGUCACUACUUUCAAAUGUAUUAAAAACUGAAAGUUAUUUAAGUGUUA